CAAAAGUCUUGCGCAUGCGCACAAAGCCCACGCGUUCAUGUGUUUCCUACGUCGGCUCCGGUGGAGGUCAUAGUGAACCGUCAGAAACCUGGACCCUGACACAGUGUUGCCAUGGCGAAGCUGUUCGAAUCCAUUGGGAAGUUGGGAUUGGCCUUGGCCAUCGGAGGAGGCGUGGUUAACUCUGCCCUCUACAAUGUUGAUGCUGGACACAAGGCAGUCAUCUUUGACCGGUUUAGAGGAGUUCAGGACAUCGUGGUUGGAGAAGGAACACACUUCCUGAUUCCUUGGGUCCAGAAACCCAUCAUCUUUGACUGCAGGUCCCGACCACGCAACGUUCCUGUCGUCACUGGAAGCAAAGAUCUGCAGAAUGUGAACAUCACUCUGAGAAUAUUGUUCAGGCCUCUAGCAGGUCAGCUACCGAGGAUCUUCAUGAGCAUUGGUGAGGACUAUGAUGAAAGAGUGCUUCCUUCCAUCACCACUGAAGUGCUGAAGGCUGUAGUGGCCAGGUUCGAUGCAGGAGAACUUAUUACACAGAGAGAGCUCGUGUCCAAGCAGGUCAGUGAAGAUCUGACUGAGAGAGCGUCCACCUUCGGCCUGAUCCUCGACGAUGUCUCACUGACACAUCUGACGUUUGGUAAAGAGUUCACAGAGGCUGUGGAAAUGAAGCAGGUGGCCCAACAGGAAGCUGAAAGAGCGAGGUUCAUUGUCGAGAAAGCAGAGCAACAGAAGCAGGCGGCCAUCAUCUCAGCAGAAGGUGAUUCUCAGGCUGCGCUACUCAUCGCCAACUCUCUGGCCGUGGCAGGAGACGGCCUGGUGGAGCUGAGGAAGCUGGAGGCAGCCGAGGACAUCGCCUUCCAACUCAGCCGAUCACGCAACGUCACCUACCUCCCCCCGGGUCAGGGCACACUGCUGCAACUGCCCCAGUGAGGCACAUACACACAAACAAACACAAACCCACACACUUCAGUGCACUUCCCCUUCCAGGAAAACUUGAUGAAAGAGGCAUGGCAGGGAGAAAGAGCAGCAGCUGAAGAGCCUACACGCGACCUAUUCAGAGAUGGCCAGCUCUCCCCUCUGUUUUAUUAAUCUCACUGUCUCUCUCUCUCUCUCUCUCUCUCGCGCUCUCUCUCUCUCUCUCUCUCUCUCUCUCGCUCGCUCGCUCGCUCGCUCACUCUCUCUAUGGCUGAAGUUAUGGACUGGAGAUUUUCCACCAGUGAAAUGGAGUCAGGGUGUGGAUCGGGAAUGCACCAGCUCUGCAGUGUGUGUGUUUGUGUUUUGUGAAAUGUAACGUAACAUGUUUAUGUAUUAAUGGCUAAAGCAGUCUGAUUGAGACAAACAUCCUCAAGACAGCCCUGGAAUCUUCAAGAAUAAGAAAUUGGAGAAGUCAAAGCUAGUUAAUAGUUGGUGAAAUCAGUUCAUGUGCAAGUCUCACUCUUUAUCCCUGUUAGCCUGACUGGUUUGUUUUUUCUGUAUUGUUUUUCUAAUUGUGUGGCAGAAAGCACACGUGUUCCAGAAGUCACAAAUUGGUAAAUUGAAAAUAUUUCUACUGAAAUGUAAUGAAGCUGUCAGUUUGAAUCUGAAUAAACUGCAAACGAGCUUUGGUUCCUAGGCUCGGUAAGGAUCAACAGUCA